GUCCGGGUUAGGCCACGCCCCCUUCACAUACCUGUCGAGCAGUGUUUCCAUCCACCACCUGUACGAGCCAAGAUGAGUCUACCGGACUAUAAAUCAUCUGAAAAACAUUCAGCACCCGCAGUUCUACACUCUCCCGUGGUGGAGUUAAAUGUCGGAGGUCUUGUGUUCAGCACCUCUCUGAGCACGCUCAGGAAACACCCAGACUCCAAGCUGGCUGAGAUGUUCAGCAAACAGCCCAAACUACGCACCGACGAUCAGGGACGCUACUUCAUCGACCGCGACGGGUCAAACUUUGGAGCCGUCCUCGAGUUCCUGAGAUCAGAGUGUCUACCCACGGAGAACAUCCAGGAGGUUCACAAGGAGGCGGUGUAUUUCAACAUCAAACCACUGAUCAAACGUUUGGAGGAAACUCCUCUGCUGUUUGGAGAGCUGGUGGGAAGGCAGCAGUUCCUCUCCAGAGUCCCACACUACAAAGAAAACAUCGAGGUGCUGAUUCGUAUCGCAAGGGCCGAAGCCAUCGCCGCCCGUUACUCCACCAUCAUGAUCUGCGUGCUGCAGACUGAGGAGGAUUUGGGUUUCUAUGACAACGCCAUCAACAGCCUGGAGGCGGCGAAGGAGUCGGUGGUGACGUUCGGCCCCUGGAAGGCGCUCCUCUCCGUUAAAGACCUGCUGGACUGUGUAAAGAUGGACAUCGAGCGUCAGGGCUACACGGUGAGCAUCCAGCCUCACGUCAUGGAGAAGAGCUUCCUGUCCAGAAGCUACCACUUCUUCCACAAACUCACUUUCACCUGGUGGUGAACCAUAACACGUUGCUUUUCUGUUUUGAUUCAAAACAGAAGUGGAAACUAAAGAAAAAUAACAGAAAACAGCAUUCUGAUAGACCAAGGUGCUCCAGUAGUUCCUCAAUGCUUUAAAUAUUGUUAUUGUUUUGAUGCAUGUAGAACCUGAUAAUGUAAUAAAUUCCUGAUAAUGUAAUAACCCCGAUAAUGUAAUAAAAAUCUGCACUUGAGUCCAUUGAAAAUGUAAUAAAACUUUGAGUUGAUGAAAAACCUUCCAUUAAUGUUAUACUUUAUUACAUUAUUGGUAAAAAAAAGUGUAUUACAUUAUUGGGAAAUGGACUUUAUUACAUUAUCGAGAAGUUAUUACAUUAUCAGGUUUUAUUACAUUUUCAAUGGACUCAAGUGCAGAUUUUUAUUACAUUAUCGGGAAUUUAUUACAUUAUCAGGUUCUACAAUGCACAACAUAUAAACACCUUCUAAUGCACAACAUGGGUCAAAAUGACCUGCAUUCAUUCCCCAUGUUAUUUCAUGCUGCUGUGUUUCUUUGCUCUAUCUUUUUAAAUCAGUUUAUUUUAUGAUUGAAUAUUCCAAGUAUUCUUUGAAUAUCUAUUUUUUAUUACAACAGAUCAUUAUAUCCAUUUUUCCUUUCAUACUUUAUGAAGAAACAUAGUUUUUGUAUCAUUACAUCAAUUUUACACGUGUCAAAAUAUGACUCAUUCAUCCCAAUUUGAUUUAAAAUUAAAUGACCUAAUACUAUAAUUAUAGUCAUUUGUUUCAAAUAGUAGCUUUAGCAUUUUUUUUCAUUUUGUCACACAUACAGUGGAUCUGGAAGGUUUUCACAGAGCUUCACUUUUUCCACAUGUUAUGUUACAGGUUUAUUCCAAAAUUAAUUAAAUUAAUUUUUCCUUAAAAUUAUAGACACAACACCCCAUAAUGUCAUUUUGACCCAUGUUGUGCAUUAGAGGCGUAGUGAUGCAAAAAGUGUUUUUAUUCAAAAAGUAAGAAAACAAAACAAAACAUUAGGAUGUAUGAUGAUCAAAAACAAGUUGAUCAAGGAAAACCUGCAAUACUGAAUGAUGAAAUUAAUUUAUUGCAAAGAUAUAGAACAUAAAAACUCAGUCGGGUCACUUUAGACCAUGUUGUGCAUCAAAGGGUUAAAAAAGCAAAACUGUUGACAAAACAAUCAUUUUGUGUUAAUUCAUUUGUGAUUAAAAUUGUAUUUUUACUGCUCAAAAACUUGUUUGUUUGCAAAAGUUUUACUUUUGAAUCCAAAAGUUUUGCUUUUAAAGGGAGAAAGAAAAUGGACAAAACAAUAUUAAAUAAUGAAGAUCCACCAACUUUAAGGAACUCUAACUUUAGACACAAGGGGGCAGUGAAGCAUGUGUAUAUAAUGAAAUUCAAUGGUUGAGUAAAGUAGUUUUAUUAGAUUCUUACUUUCUUACAACAAAACUUUUAUUGAAAAAUUCAUUUUAGGUGCUUAUACACAUAAAUAUUGUCUUAUAUCUUUUGUUAUAUCUGCUGCUAAAUUUGAAUAAACAAAUACCCAGUUGCUUUUUUUUUUUUUUAACUCAAACUUUAGAAGUAGGUUGUUUACCUUUUGUGAACUUAACCACCUACAGGGGAAAUAACAUAUUAACACAAACACCUGGACAGUUAAAUAUAAGUAGAGCUGCAACAAUUAUUCGAUUAAUCGAAAAAUAAUCGAUUAUUAAAUUCAUCGUCAGCUAUUUUGACAAUCGAAUAAUUGGUUUGAGCAGUUUUUUUAAGACAAUAAGUCCAAGUUUUUUCUGUAAUGGGGUAUUUGUUGGGUGCCAGAUUCAAUAAGGUCACAAUAAAUGUUUCCUUUAUUUCCUUCGUCUGAUCCAUCUCAGCCCCAAUAAGUUUAUUAAGUCAUAAAACCAGAUAGAUGAAAUAGAUUUCAUAUCAACCAAAAAGGUUUACGUAUGAAAAAAGUUGACAAAGACGAAAA